AUGGGGCUGUUCAAAACGCUCAUUUUUGCUGCCCUGGCGCAGUCCUCCCUUGUGGCGGCCGCCGACAUCGUGACAAUCUACUCCUCCACGACCGUCACCGAUGCGUGCAUUACCGCCCCGGCCACCACCGUGGUCAAUAAGCGCGAACUUCCCCUGUAUGAAUCAUUGCACCCGAAGAUCAUCGGGCGACAGCCAAUUGGAGGCCAAACGACAGUGAUGAUAGAGAUUACUGUGACCGAAUGCGCCUCGAGCACUGUCUCGCUUUCCAGCUCCAUUGCGCCGACAUCUGCCGGACGUAUUUCCAGCAGUAUCCCUUCGAGCAGUGCCCAGUCUGCCAGCCCAGAUACCUCCAGCAGCCUCAUCCCCUCUGGCCGGCCUAUCCCACCCAGCGCUAUCCCGUCCAAUGCUGUUUCUUCUACAGGAAGUCUGGUACGCUCUAGCAGUGUAUCUUCGGCAUUUUCUAGUCUUCCCUCUCCACUAGGCUCUGUUCCCUCAGCCAGUUCUAUACGGGCCAUCAGUGUGCCAUCCAGUGCUGUUCCUUCUAGCGUGGCUCCUUCUCGUCGCCCUACCCAUUCCACCGGCUUCCCCUUCAGCAGGCCUAAUCCGUCUAUCAGUCUUCCCCCUUCUAGCAGCUUCCCAUUCACCCGGCCUAUCCCAUCUAACAGUGUAGCCUCUGAUCGCCCUGUCCCUUCUGGCACCUCUCCAUCCAGAGUUAUCCCUUCGGGACCUGUUUGGCCAGGACAUGCACACUCAUCCCAUGGUGGAAUUCCAUCUAGGAGCAAUAAUUGCCGACCAACUCGUUCCACCCUCCUAACCACUUUUUCGACUACUCAAUCGACCCAGUCCACACAUGUCGAAACAAUUUCAACUUCGGUCUCCGAGCCGAAUCCUGAAAAGGGAACAGAUACCAUUACUACCAGCGUACCAACAUCUACUACCACCGGUAGUGUGGUCACAGUCACUCUUACAUCGACUUACGUCGUACCCUGUUCAACCGGCUUAGAAAGAUCAACUGUGAUCGUCACGGCUACCUAUUGCGGCUGUACUGAGACUCCCUUCCCGACUAUUCCCAUGGUCACAUAUACCACGACGGUUCCUGGAAACUGGGGAUUCACUGCCCCAGUGGUGGUGGUUGUGCCUGCUUCAACGAUAACUGGACUGGGUGCGCCUACUGCCUCUGGCUCUGGCUCUGGCUCGUCUGGCUCAUCGUCUGGCUCUGGCUACUCUGGCUCGGGACCCUCCAGUUCUACUUCCUCUACCACGGGACAAUCGGCCGUGACGGGCACGCCACAGGACGGCUCAACCACCCAGACACCGAGCUCUACAAGUUCAUCCACGACUGGUACUACGUCAGCGCCAACGUCGGUGUUCACCGGUGCCGCAUCCCAAAUCUCUGAGUCCAUCUUCAUGUGCGGUGUUUUCUCUGUGUUGGGAAGCCUGUUGAUGUUCUUUUAG